AUGGUUGCAAGUAUGCAAUAUCUUGCUUUUACAAGGCUUGAACUAGCCUUUGCAGUCCACAAAGUUAGCAAGUUUAUGCAUAAUCAUCUUGAAACACAUUGGCAAGCCGUCAAGCAAAUACUUCGCUACCUCAAACAUACAGUUUCAGCAAGCUUGUUAAUCUCAAAAGCUGCAAAUCUUGAUCUUCAAGCCUUCUCCGACUCGGACUGGGUAGCAGACCGCGAUGACAGAAGAUCAGUCAGAGCUCAUUGCAAUUUUCAAGGAUCAAACUUGAUCUCAUGGAGCUGUAAGCAACAACCAACAGUGGCACGUAGCAACACUGAGGCUUAA